AAUCUAUGCUUUCGUUUAUAGAAUUCAAUUCUAAAGUAUCGGUCGACGAGUAUUUGCAUUAAAUCUGUGAUCAAAGAUUGUACACCAAAAUGGAAAGUGUUUUGAAUCGCUUCUCAACGCUAUUCAAAGGCAUUAAUAAUCCGUACGAUAUGUGGAUAUCAACCAAAUUAGACCAAACGUGUUAUAUUGACCAGUGUUUCAAUGAACUCAUCACUGAAUGCCGUCUCUCAGCUCCGGGCGCUCGGCUCUCGUACUCAAUACGAAACAAAUUGGAGAGACUUUCAAAGGAGGAGAGAAAAGUGAUAGUGAGUCGUGUGAAGGAAGGCUGUACUCCGCUGUUCGUGUCGUGCAAGAAGGGAAACGUGGAAAUUGUCGACUAUUUGAUACAAGAAUGUCAUUCGGAUGUCGAACAGAAGGGCGUCUAUGAGGUGCCCGACGACCGAUCCAUUCAUUACGUGACGCCCUUAUGGUGUGCUUCAGUGGCGGGGAAAUUGGCUGUCGUUAAAUGUCUGGUCAAACACGGCGCUAAUGUUAACAGUGUUUCCGACACUGGCAGUACUCCCGUGCGUUCGGCCUGUUUUAUGACACAUCUGGAUAUUGUGACAUAUCUGGUGGAGAACGGGGCCGACAUCUUGAAGCCCAACUAUAACGGCGGCACGUGUCUCAUCAACUCUGUCCAAAGCGUACCUCUUUGUGAAUUCCUCCUAAAACAUGGCGCAGACGUCAACGCACAGGACAUACAGUUUAAGACAGCUCUUCAUUACGCCAUUCAAGAACAUAGAUUUGAAACGACAAAAUUGCUUCUCGAUAGCGGCGCCGAUGCGAUGAUAAGGAGCCGAUACGGUGACGACGCUUUGCAGACGGCGUGUCUGAAGGGCGCGACUCAGAUAUUUGAGUAUUUAAUCAAACAUUUGAAUUACUGUCGAAGUCGUGUCGCGGAAGCGCACGAACUGAUGGGUUCAACAUUUCUGGACGAACACUACGACCUUCAGGCGGCGCUUCACAACUGGAGGACAGCCGUCACCAUAAGACUGGAGGAUCAAAGUCUUGUCAAACCAAACAAUGUGUUGCCAAAAGCCGCGUAUCUCAAUGCCCUUGAAUUCCAGUGCACCGAACAAUUGGACAAUUUAGCCAUGGAUUUGGACUCAAUGCGAAUCCAGUCUUUGAUCAUUUGUGAACGCAUUUUAGGCCCACUUCAUAAGGAUGUCAUCUUUCGCCUCAUGUUUAGAGGCGCCGCUUAUGCCGAUGGUCUUCAAUAUCAAAGAUGUAUCGAUCUCUGGCGCUAUGCUUUGGAUUUGAGAAUACAAAAGGAUAGUCUUCUUCACAGCGAGACAUGUUUCGCAGCUCAAGCUCUGGUCCGAUUAUAUCUCGAUUUAUACGAGAAGUUCUCAAAUGGUGUCCUCCGAGAAGAGUUGAAAUACGACGACGUCUUCCAAACGGUUAAGCUAUUGAUCGAACAGUUUCCUAAUGCCAUGAAAUUGUUGAAAGUUAGGCCAGUGUUUAAGCGACAACAGGACAACUUUGAUAAGAUUCUUAAGGUAUUAACUCAUCUCUUCUAUGUAUUAAAUGUAAUCCAAAAAACAUCGAAACAAACGGAAGAAACCAAAAGUUUGAUUAACGCAAUCAAUGCAAUGAAUGCCAGGAACUCAUUCGGGGAUACAUUACUCCAUUUGGUGGUCUCGAAGACGAAUACAAUGAAGUCGAAUACGUUCAUUGAAGACCCGCAUACUGUCAUAUUUCCCGACUCACGUGUUUGUCAGUUGUUAUUAGAGUGCGAUUUCAACGUAGAAUCGGUGAAUAAUAUCGGAGCGACUCCUCUGCACAUCGCGUGCACUCGAAAUAACUUCAAUCCUGAGGUCGUCAACCAUUUGUUGCGAUUUGGAGGACACAUCGAUCGUCGCAGCGCUAAUGGCAAUCAACCGCACAAAUUGCUCACUUCCAUCGCCGAAUCCAAUGUGAAUCCAUUGAAAUACAUUUCACUCAAGUGUUUGGCCGCGCGUAAGAUUGUUGAUCAACAGAUCCCAUACAUCGGACAAAUACCCGUUUCUUUGGAGCAAUUUAUUCGAAUUCAUUAAUAAUUUACUUUUUAACGAUUUUUAGUUUUGAAGAUUUGCUCACAAUUUGAUCGUAUCUUCAAAUAUAUAAAAAUGAAAUUAUGAUUAAAAUAAUGCAUAAAACCAAUGCAUUCUUCACAGCCAUUAGUUUAUAUAAUAUAUAACUUUAUUUUUGCCUC